AUGAGCAAGCGGAACUUGUCCCUAAGCCAGACCAACAUCACCAACAUCCAGUCGAAAUCUGCUGAAAAGAAAGCCCAGUUGAGGCCCAGUCGCGCAGCUGUUGAAGUUCCAGGAACCGAAUCCGCGAAGGAGAGAAAAGUUCGAGAACUCGGGACGAUCCAACCAACUAAGCGAAAACCAGAGCACCGCACAAUCCCCACUCCACCCUUUACCGGCUCUGAGCCCUGA